AUGGCCUUCAACCCCCGCCCCGGCUUCACCAUCCAAGUCUCCCUCUUCAUCGCGCCAGAGAACAUGGAGAAAUUCCACGCGGCCUUCCAACCGAUGUACGAGAAGACCAUCGCCGAGCCGCAGUGCGUGUUUUCCGAGGCCUGUCAGUCGGCCAAGGAUCCGGGGAAGUUUUGUUUUGACGGAGUGCUGGAACGAGCGAUGAGGGACUACAUCAAGGAAUACGCGGCGACAGUCGAGCCCUUGUUUGCCAGGCCGCGGGAGUUCAAGCUUCUUCAUCGCCUGGAGGGGUUUCAUCAUGCCAAGCGAUACACAGCCAUUACGGAUACGGGGUCGAUAGUAAUCUUGCUAUAG